AUGGGUCGCAGGAAGGUAAAGCAUGAAUUGAUUUCCAAUGAAUCUGUUAGGAAGGUGACCUUCAGAAAGAGGAAGGCUGGCCUGCUGAAGAAGCUCGAUGAGCUCACAACUCUAUGUGGGGUUAUUGCCUGCGCUAUUAUUUUCAGUGCCUAUGAUGAUCAACCGGAGAUCUGGCCUUCCCAUGCAGAAGCAUUGUAUGUGUUUGAAGAGUUGAAGAAAUUACCAACAAGGAAGCCAGGAAAAUACAUGUUGGACCAAGAAGUUUUUCUGGACACAAACAUAUCCAAGUUGAAUCUCCAGUUAGAGAAACAAAAGAGGAAAAAUCUAAGGCUUGAGUUGGAGUUAACGUUGGCAAAGUCAAAAAGCAUGGAAGGUAUGGAUUUACGUUAUUUAAAUCAUAUAAAAAAUCUGACUGAAUCAAUUCAAUAUUUGGACGAAAUGAUUGCAUUUGUCACCACCAAGAUCGAGCAUGCUGAGAAUGAGAAUAAAGAUCAAGUCUUGGUAGUUUUGGAGAAUGGAUUGAUUCAACAAGAAUAA